AUGAGUUUACAACCAUUUGGAAAGAAGAAUAAGUAUAGUCAAGUUGAUGUUGCCAUUGGAUUCUUACAUCAUUGUUACAAUGGAGACUUUGCCAAUUCACUAAAGUAUAUAUCAAUGAUGAAUGACCCUAAACAGGUGGAACAGAUAUUCAACAGUUGCUAUAGAGUUGGAUCAUUCAAAUAUAUUAAGAGUGCUACUGCCUUGCGUGGUAAUGGACAUGUUUAUGUUAUUGCUCAACAUGAGAGUGAUGAGUAUCAAUGGAUAUUCUAUGUGGAUAAGACUAUACGUGGAUGGGAUCAACGUAUGAAUGGUUCAUAUAGACAACCAAAUGAGAAUGGUCAGCAGGUUCAAGAGGUGCUUCAUAACACUGAAGUGAAGCAGCCGACUGCUUCGAUGAUGAGGCUGGCAUCUUCCCCACAGGCUGCCGCACCCAAGAACAGAGUGAUCAGAUUCCAUUGGACUACACCACUGUCAUCCAGAGACCUCAACUCUAAUGGAACAUUCGAGUUGUUAAUGCCACCAAACAGACCAUUCCAAAGACAUAUCAAGUUCAACGUGAUCACUCCCAACAUCACAUUGGAGCGUGCCUAUCACAUCAAUGGAAACACAUACCUGGUUCUUCGACCAAAGUCUAACUCCACAUCUUCAUUCCUGGGCGGUCUUUUCGGCUCGCUGAGCACAUCACACGUCGAGUACACAUUGGACAUUGAGUUCAAUCCAAAUCGUUUACAGACCAGUGGCUAUGGUGAUCAACUGGCGGAAUGGUACCCCAAUGAUGACCCACGCCAAUACCUCGGUGUGACUGAUCACACCUCGGCAAGGAUAGAUCCACAUCAUCCAAGAAUCCAACAGAUUGUACGAAGUAUAUUGGAAGGCAAGCAACAUCUCGAUGUCAUUGGCAAGGCCAAGGCCAUUGCAACAUGGGUCGGUCAGAUACCCUACGAGAUACCCAAGCCAGGCAUGCCAUGGCCAACACUCGAGCAAUAUCUUCAAAGUAACUUUAGAUACUGUGAAUGUGGAGGACAUGCACUAUUCUUUGUAAUGUUAUCUAGAGCUGCUGGUAUCCCUGCAAGAAGACUGUUUCAUCCUUGGAUUGUUAGCCAUCGAGGCGAGAGAUUCGAGAGGUUUGAUUCACAUUGUAUAGCAGAGUUCUAUGAGGCUAAGCAUGGUUGGGUGCCUGUGGACGCUACAGGUGCAUUCUCAGAUACAAAUGCAGAGCAAUGGAUGCGAGUGCCAAUGUCCAAUCCAAAGACAUGGCCCACUGGACUUACAAUGACAGUAGAGUCACAAGAUGGUAAGGAGUUGCGUGCUAUCAAUGCCAAACACAACCGUACUCUACAAGAUUGUAAGGUAAUGUUCCUUUCUUGA